GUGCUCGUCUGUGAAUCGGUAGGCUUAUCAAAAAUCGGUAGGAAUAUAGAUAAAUCGGUAGUUCUGGUCACACUGAUCACUUUGCACAACCACUUUGGGUCGCCGUCAUUUUGAAUUUAUCGUUUUUGUAGCAGCCAAAUAAGAGCAGCCAUUUUCGUUAUUUUCGUUACCGUUAUUUUGUUUGGUUGGUGUUUUGUGUGCGUUUGUUAAAAAGAAAACAGUGAUAACACUAAGCUAUGUCGCGUUCGGAGAAAUAUCUUGCGCUGUGCAUGUUGGACGCCAUCGAAGAUGCCAACAUUGCGGGCGUGCAACUACUGCUCGUUAAACACAGUGCAAAUCCGAACACGAUCGUGCUGGCCAAAGAUGUAGCACCGAUGCAUCUAGUGAUCGGAGCGGACGAUGAAUCGUUUGCCGCAACAGCCACCGCGCUAAUGUUGGAGCACGGUGGUGACGCCAAUCUGCCGACGGUCGAACAGUUGCUAACCCCACUUCAUGUGGCCUGCAAUCUUGGGCGCGUUACAAUCCUGCGAAUGCUCCUGAAAGCGGGCGGCAAUGUGGAACUACAGGACGAGGAAGGCCGUACACCGAUUCAGCAUGCUAUCGACGAGGGUCAUUACGAAGCGCUGGAGGUGAUACAGAACCACGUAUUUGAAAAGAAGAUGGAGCGUAAGCGGCAACAGCUCUUGCUCGAACAGCAACGGCAGCUGAAUCAAAACAAUCUUUUGCUGCCGGCAACUCUACUUAAUCCAGCAACUUCCCUAAAGGUGCUUGAAGAGCGUGCCUUCACCCCAAAUAAAAUUCACUACAAUUUUGACGCUACCAGUCCGUACUACGUGAACAUUACGCACCGGCGGAAGGAUCGAUUUAAAACAUUGUUUUCCGAAGACAUCAAUAGCAAUGUGGAAAACAUUCUACCAGCAGAAGCGAUCAUUAUGCCUUCCAACGAAUCUUUCCCCUCCGCCACAGAGAACCGAGUUGAACAGCAGCCAGAUUGUACCGUAGAAGUUCCCAAUAGUACGAACCUUUUUGAACUAACCAAGGGUAAUUUGCAGAACUUUGCAAGAGAUAGUGAGCCUACGGGUAGAAGAACGUCCUUCAUAGAAUCUUGGCGGGAAAAGAUCACGGAAAUGAAGGAAAGAACCCGAGUAAGCCGACGGUUAGAUGACAUCGCUAGGAUUUUGAACAGCUUCUCGGAGAACGCGGAAUCGAUCAUUGACGAAACGUUCGUGACUGCACCAGACCAGAUGAACAAUCCGGAGGCAACCUUGGAAGGUUUGGAAACUAAAACUGAAAAUGAUCCGUCUGUACCUGAAUUGGACGAGUGUAAGGGAGAAUUGGAUGCGGCAGGGGACACAGUCGUCAUACAGAUCAGUGAAGAGUACAUUCACACAGACGAUGAGGCGGGUGUGAUGUUUCGGGAGAAGAAAAUGACCAACACUGCGUCGAUUCGGGCGAUCUCGGAAGACGGUCGUGAAAUUAUCUCAGCACAAAAACUAAACUAUCCGCCAUCAGUAACGGGAAGAACUGCGUCGUUAACUAGUGUUUCAACCGCGCUUACGUUGCCUCCACUGGAUUACGAUACGGAUGUAUUGCGUGCAGAACUGACCACCUUCGGUGAGGCUCCCGGUCCAAUUACAAAAAGUACAAAAAAGCUUUACCUAAGGAAGCUCGUCAAAUUCCAGCGCCAUCCGGAACGAUUGGCCCGGAACGCGGGCGUUGUGACGGAUUCGAACACCCAGCUAUGUUACUCCGUCGAGUUGAUGGCAACGAUACGGAAAGAGGAUAUGUUCAAAAGGAUCGUUGAGCAACAGUGUCUGGAGCAGGAGAUGGCCUCCGAAUUUCAAUCGAGCACAGCUAAAGCGGUUCGCAAUUUCCGCGAGGGACAUCUAAAGAAGAGCUUUAUUUAUCUGUUACUUGAUCCUCGCAUAAGCAACAACCUGCCCGCACAGCAAACGCUUCUCGAGCCACUCGAACUAUGGAAGCGUUUCCUCAGCUCAGUAUUUUACGUCGGUAAGGGUAAAAGUAGCCGACCCUACUGCCAUCUGUACGAUGCAAUGAAGCUUUACCAUCACAAGAAAUGCCGGUCGGAAGACGAUUGUGACCGAAAGGUGGGUGAUUUGAUGGUUGCAGCAGAGACAGUUGUGUUUCGAUGUAGCGAAGAGGAAUGUGUCACAAAGGUUAACAAAUUUUGCGAGACCAGGAAGGUUUUAAAUCGCAAACAAAUCGCUGCUGACAGCAGGAAGCUCAAUCGUAUAAUCGAUAUUUGGUGUGCUGGCAAGGGAGUUGUGUGUUUGCACAUCUUCCACAACAUCAUGCCGGCGGAGGCAUACACACGUGAGGCCGCCAUUAUAGACGCGUUUGGGCUACAAAAUUUGACUAACCUGAAGCGGGGCGAUUAUUAUUCGACGUGCCUUUCGUGGCCAAUGAAGAAGCGCAAGCAACUUGGAAUAUUGUUGCUGUACAAAGCGAUGCUCAUUCAUCUGGCCGAGGGUGAAACGCAACUGUUGCCAAAUGAUCUGUGAUAUGCGAUGCUCAUUCAUCUCGCCGAGGGUGAAACGCAACUGUUGCCAAAUGAUCUGUGAUAUGAGAUGAGAAAGCGAGCCUUUUUCCAACAGUCAGUUUGUAUAUUUUGUCUAUCAUGUCUAUUUGUUUAUACCGCAUUCCUAUUUUACUAAUAAAACUGUUCGAAAAACAAAUGCGGUGGCUUUGGUAGCGCACGAUUUUCAUCACUUUUCCGAACAAGAUACUUGCGUACGUAUGCCUUCUCGCGUAAGCUAAAACGUGUGAGGAAAUGUGGAAAUGUUGUGAAUUUUGUCCUUCUCAGCGGUACAAAAAAAGACAAAACUCGAGAGAAAUUUGCGGUCUUUUAUUGUCUGUUGACUUCAUUCAUGACAUUUAUGACUUCUUCAGUAAUAUUAAGAAAAAUCAGUGAUUUUCGGUAGAACUCAUGAAAAAUCGGUAGUUUCACGGUGCUCGUCUGUGAAUCGGU